AUGGCGAAGUUCCAGUUGGUCCGGGUCAAAGUGAGCUGGACAGCACUUUUGACUCUGGCCCACUUCACGUACCUGCUGGUUGGGGCCACAAUCUUCCAGAUCCUGGAGCGAGAGGCCGAGAGCAACAACCGCAACCACUUCCAGCUGGAGAAGCUGCAUUUCUUGGCUAAUUACACCUGCCUCGAUGGACCAGCCUUGGAGAAAUUUGUUAAGGUGAUUUUGGGUGCCUGGGAAAAGGGAGUGAAUCCCUCAGGCAACUCAACAAACCCCAGUAACUGGGAUUUUAGUAGCUCCUUCUUUUUUGCAGGCACAGUAGUCACAACCAUAGGUUACGGAAACCUCUCCCCCAGCACUGUGUCUGGUCAGGUGUUCUGCGUGUUUUACGCACUCUUUGGGAUCCCUCUGAAUCUAGCCUUCCUCAAACAGCUUGGGAAGUGUCUCACCAUCCACCUGGGCCAACUCAAGAGGGGGAUGGUCUCGGCUGCUCCGCACAAGGCUCUGGCAGUGAGUUUUUUCUUCGUCAGUGGCAGCCUGCUGUUUUUGGUCAUCCCUCCUCUGCUCUUCAGUUAUGUGGAAGGCUGGACGUUUGGUGAGGGCUUCUACUUUGCCUUCAUCACUCUCAGCACCAUUGGUUUUGGAGAUUACGUGGUGGGGACUGACCCGGGAAAGGAGUACAUCUCUCUGUACCGUAGCCUCGCAGGCAUAUGGAUCAUAUUUGGCCUCGGCUGGCUUGCUCUUAUCCUCAACGUGGGAGUCAGAAUCGUGGAGCAUGUGGUUUUCCUGACUCACCCUGGCUUUAAGAAACAAGAGAAGGAAGAGAACGUGUCAUCCAGUAAACUAGAAGACACUUGUACAGUUAGGGGAGCUGAGAUGGGAAUAAAGGAGAUGUUCAACUUGGCCCGAGUGCCCUCAAUCCUCAUGCUCGGGCUGGUUUACGUGACCUAUGUGCUCAUUGGCGGGGUGGUUUUCUGGAAGCUGGAAGGAGAUCUCGGACGGAAGGACAUCAGCCUUUUACUGCUGAACAAAAAAAAUCUGCUGAAGACGUACUCCUGUCUGAACCAAGAAGGCCUGGAGGCGGUGGCUCAGGUCGUUCAAGACGCAUCAAAGGUGGGCCUGAGUUUGAAAGGCAACAACACCAGCGAUGGCUUCUGGAAAUUCACCAGCUCAGCUGUGUUUGCUGCAACUGUGGUCACAACUAUAGGUUACGGGAACAUGAGUCCCAGCACCACUGCUGGGCAGAUCUUCUGCGUGUUCUUCGCACUAUUUGGUAUCCCGCUCAACAUGGUGGUGCUCAACAGGGUGGGCAAGUACAUGCUCGUUAUAGAGAGGAACAUUUCCGACUUCCUUGAGGGGAAGACGGGGCGAAAGAGGUGUACCCGUUUUUUUGUCCACUUGGUGUCUUACAUGUGUGGAGCAACUCUCUUCUUCGUCAUGCCCAUGAUGGUGUUCCAACAAUACGAGGGUUGGACCUACUCCGAGGCCAUCUACUACUGCUUCAUCACCCUCAGCACCAUCGGCUUUGGAGAUUUUGUGGCAGACAGUAAUCCAGACAAAGUAUACCCAGACUGGUACAGCGUCCUCUUGGCCUCGUGGAUCUUCUUCGGCCUGGCCUGGUUGGCCCUGAUCAUCAACCACUCCAUCGACAUCCUGGAGCGACUCAACACCCACUUCAAACAAGGCAGACAAAAGCAGGAGGAAGAGUCUGGCAGCGCAGAAGGUGAAAACCCUGACACACAGGUGGAGGAGGCAGAUGAGGUCAAGAGGCCUCCAAUAACUCAGUGAUCUAUAAAACAAGGUGGAGAGUCGACCUAUAGAAUUAUCUGUCUUCAUAUCAGGACCAUAUCAGGUAUCAAUAAUGGAAUAUGGCUAAGCCAUGGCAGUGUGUGUGUGUGUGUGUGUGUAUGUGAGAGAGAGAGUGUGUGUUGUGAGCCAGGAAAUGUUGAGCAUCUGUGAUGAUUUAAUAUGUGCCUGUGCUAUGGUUUGAUCCCUGUCUUCUUAAGUGCAGGUAAAAUAUUGACUCAUUUUUGUUGAGUCAGGUUUGUCUGUCUGUCUGUCUGUCUGUCUGUCUGUCUGUCUAUCUGUCUGUCUGUCUGUUUGUUUGACAGCACACAGCACCCGCAUGCCGUUUAGCUUCUCAGCACUGUGUUUCCCAAACUGUAAACAAGUGACACUUGUUAAUCUACCUUGUUAAAAAAAAAAAAAAAAAAGAAAACAGUCUUUUGAGAUUAGUCUAAGCAAGGACACUGGGACAACAUGUCCUUUGCCCCUGUGUAUCUGUCUCUGGGUUAGUGGUCAGUGGAAAACUGUAGUCAGUGGUGUAGGAGUUUUGCAUCAGAUACAUUAUGUGUGCAAUCAAAAUCACAGUCACUUAAAGAUACAUGCAAAUAAUGUGGUUUGUUUUGCAUAAUAUAGGAACUUAAAUGACACUUUCUGCAGCCGCCACAGAAGCUUUUUAAAAGUCCAUGACUUAUUUAGAACGUGCGUUCAGAAACACUCGAAACACAUUUGUUUAUAUUUAAUAUUAACAUAUUUGGAGGGAAAAUUGAUGGUGUUUCUCAAGUUUUUGUUGCAGGACUGUCAUGGAAGUUAAAUGGGCUAAAAAAAUCAGUCAUCUCAAGUAUUGUUCUAACAACAGUUGUUAACCACACUUUCUUUCUUUGUAUCUAAAUAAAUCAAAUGCUGGAAACUUUUACUUUAGUUUAUCAGAUUACCAGUUUAAUAUUUACCUGUUUGCUUUUAAAUAUAUGCAACAAGUUAAAACACUUUAUAUAUUAACUUUGUAAUUUUUAAAAAUCUGUUUACUUUUUUAAAUUUAUGUCCUAGAGAAUUUUUCGUAGAUCAUAGCUCAUUCGUGCCACUCAUCAGUGCUGAAAUUAGCUUUAUAUCCACUAGGUGGUGCUACUGUACCAACACUGGAGAAAAUAACCAUUCAACCCAAAGGCAAAGCAGCAAAUACACUGUACGUUGCACAACGUUGUAAUCAUAGAAACUAACUAUAUCAAUCACAUC